UAUGUUAUAUUGAUUAAUUAUUGUACUGUAAGCUUUACAUAUUUCUGUUGGAGCAACAAGUUACAGAUUUCAUCAAAGAUUUAGCAUAUACGAAGCUGUCUGUACAGAGGAAACUGUUUGAAAUUUGCUUAAACAGCUGCGAUCUACGUUAUUUUGUUAUUGAACCAUAACACUGAACGGUUAGAAAACUACUGCAGAAGCCAAUUAAACAACUUAUUAGCGUGGAAGUGUUCAAAAGAUGAUUGCUAAUCGACGACCUCUUGGAAAUUUGGACCCGAACAGCACCAGGGUUCAACCGACAAGGGCAGCUAAGAGUGGACACAAGUGGCUGACGAACCGACGAUCAUUACUUUCCGAUGAAAUUCACAACAAUAACCUUGCACUGCAAAGUAGAGACACCAACGAAACCUCCAACUCCAUUCUUAACCAUAAGCACAAUCAAAACGCCAAACAAACCAACAAAAACCACAGGCCCGGAAAAGAAAACUGCGAUAAUUAUAAAUUUGUACAUCCUGAUUCGGAUUUGGAAAAAGUCACCUUGUUAUCAUCGACUAGGGAAGUACUUAGCGCUUCCCAAAAGUAUGAGUUAGAAGAUGACCAAUGUUUCCUCACCCCUAAUGGCGAGAAAUCGAAUACAAGCUGUGUUAGUAUGGAGAUGCUUACGUCAUCGCUAUCCUCGCUUGACUCUUCAAAACGCUCGAUUUCUCAGCCGCACGAUGUCGCUCUUGAUACUGACGAAAUUUUAAACGUUAUCCAGCGCAAAGAUCCGGAAACUGACAUUCUGGACGAAUACACUGAAGAUAUUCUUCGAUACAUGGUUUAUUCAGAAGCGAAGUAUCAACCAAGAAAAGACUACCUUGAAAAGCAAAAUGAAAUUUCUUCAACCAUGCGUGUAAAACUUAUCGAUUGGUUAAUCGAAGUGCAAGACGAAUACAAACUACAAAACGAAACCCUUCACCUUGCAGUAGCCUAUGUGGACCGCUUUUUAUCUGAAAUGUCGGUGUCGCGUCCGAAGUUACAAUUACUGGGGACGACGUCCAUGUUUUUGGCAGCGAAGUUUGAAGAGAUAUAUCCUCCUGAUGCUGACGAGUUUGCUUACGUUACAGCAGACACUUACGCUAGAUCUGAAGUUUUGUUGAUGGAGCGGCUCAUGUUGAGUCAGUUCAAAUGCACGCUGGCUGUUCCUACCACGUUACAGUUUCUAAAUAUUUUUCACAAAAAAUCGAAUUUAUCUGAAGAUGCAAAGCAACUUUCUUUCUACCUCUCCGAACUUGCGUUGUUACAUGACGUGUAUUUACAAUAUUCACCUUCUGUUCGUGCUGCUGCAGCGAUUUCAUUGGCUGUUUGCACAUUACGUCAAGCACACAAUUGUGACGUCGAUAAUGGUAACGCAGAUACAGCUUGUGGUAUCAAGACACCAUAUUCAACGAUAUUAGUUCAUGAUAAUAUGGUUCCGACCAAAGUGUUGCUGUCGAGUGUUCUGCAACGUUGCAUGAAAGACAAACUACAAAAGGUGUUCGACUGCACGCAUGAGUUGGCUCGUAGUCACGUGGUCGAAUCCAACGAAAAAAAUCGACAUUUUAUCUUUGAAAAAUACUCUAUGACCAAGCAACGAAGCGUGACCGCCUUUUCGCCUUUAUUGUCAAACGAAGUGACGUCACAAUCGCAUUUGACCUGGGAAAAGGUCAUGACGAUGUGGAUGACGUAACUAUAACAUCACGGAGGCGGUUUAACGCAUGCAAAUUCAGAGUCACGCUCUCCCAACAUAUCAGCAUAUAAAGGAACACUUAUACACACCACAAGCUCAACAAGAUUGAAAUCUUUCCCAUAGCUUAUAAUCUACAUGUCGUCAGCACUGUGAUGUUUGUUACUUGCGUAUCGCCUUUUUGUGCAAUUUGUUUUUCGUCGCACUCUAUUGCUUUUCGUGUAUGUAAUAUAACAUGUACCCGCAAAUAUACCACGCAAUAACCACA